AAAACGAAUACAAGCUUUGCGUUCCUGCCAAUUAUUCUGGAGUUCUUACACGAAAUGGCAGAGCCCUCGGCACCUGCCUUGGCCAUUUCUUCCCUCAGAGUCAGCAGAGCGAUCCUGCACCCACUGACGUCGCACGGCUCACCCCUUCCGCCCUCCCAAGCCCCACAUUCCAAGUUCUCUCCUUGACUCUAACUCCCGAUCUUCUUGCAACCCUCCUGUACUGGGGUGGUAAAGAACUGAAGCUUACUCUUUUCCAUACUCGGCUUCAUCCGUAAAUUCUAAAACCUCUCCUCCUUGCAGAGCGCAGAUGGAGACGGACCUUGGUCCCCGCGCUCCCGCUGCCGGGUGACAAGAGCCAGCGCCGCCGCCGCCGCCUCGGCCGCCGCUCCCUCCCUCCGCCCGGCCGGCCGCCCCCGGCCGCAGCCCCUGCCCUGCCUGCCCGCGGCACCAUGGAGUUCUCGGAGAGGAAGAGGAGCAGGAAAUCGCAGAGCUUCAAACUGGUGAGCCGAGAUUAUCACCACGAGGUAUAUAAGAUCUCAGAAUUCAGCAACGAUGUUAAUGGGGAGGCCAAAGAGACACAACCUAUUUUUUUAGGAGAUGAAAGCAUGGAAAUUAAAAAACAAAUUACAGGAAUGAGAAGAUUACUGAACGACAGUGCUGGCAGGAUAUAUCAGCGUGUGGGCAAGGAGGGGGAGAAGUUAAAAGAAGAACCCCAGGACUUGGAUUCAAUCUGGCCUCAGCGCCUGAACUCCGCAGAGACCCCGCAGAACCUCCACCCGACGUCCCGGGGCGCGUGGAAUGAGUUACCACCCCAAAGCGGGCAGUUCUCGGGCCAGUAUGGCACCCGCUCCAGAACCUUCCAGAGUCAGCCCCACACCACCGCCGGGAGCGCCAACGGAGAACUUCCAGUGGUGAACUCGUCAGUUGGCUCCAACUGCUGCACUUGUAGCUGCCAGUCAACGCUGCAGGCCAUCCUCCAAGAGCUCAGGACCAUGCGGAAGCUGAUGCAGGCGCAGGCAGUUGGAACGCAAAACAGACAACAACCCCCCAUUUCCCUUAUCUGCUCCCAGCGAACUGCUGUCUCACGCAAGAGAAAUAAAAAGAAAAAAGUGCCCCCAAAGCCUGUGGAACCUAUCACUGUGAAACAGAAGCCCAGCAUGUUAGAGGCAGAGAAGAAGACGGCGGGGGCCCCAGAGAAUCCAGGGCUCCCCGCGGCCGAGCACACCUCCCCGGGGGAGAACCACAUCCUCGGGUUCGGCAUCGUGCUGGAGUCACCGGCCUCCGAUCCAGAAGUGCAACUUGCUGAAGGCUUCGAUGUGUUCAUGCCUAAAUCUCAGCUGGACUCUAUACUGUCAAACUACACUCGCUCAGGAAGCCUUCUGUUUAGAAAAUUGGUGUGUGCAUUUUUUGAUGACAAGACUUUGGCUAACUCCUUACCCAAUGGGAAGAGGAAAAGAGGACUCAAUGACAACCGGAAAGGACUAGACCAAAAUAUUGUGGGUGCAAUCAAAGUCUUCACAGAAAAAUACUGCACUGCUAAUCACGUGGAUAAACUUCCUGGCCCAAGAGACUGGGUACAGAUUCUGCAGGAUCAAAUCAAACUGGCCAGAAGAAGGUUAAAAAGAGGCUCAGCAGAGGUAGCUGACGGUGAUGAAAGGCUGGACGGCGUUUCUCUACCCCCAACAGGUAAAACACAUUUCCAUUUUCAUCACCCGCUGGAAAAUACAGCACGUGAAAAUAUUUGCAUUGAAAAUGUUUUUAACAUCAGAGAUGCAGAUGCUUGAGCAAACUGCUUCUAUAAGAGACCCAGCCCCAGCAAUCAGGGUGUUCAAUGCCCUGCGUUCAGAGGGAUUUUUCACAUUGAAUAUGAAAAGCCACGGCUUUCUCACAUUCUGUUUCAUCUCCUUGAAAACCUGAGAGCAGCAAGUCCUGACAACUUAGUGUCACCCCAAUUUGCCUCCCCAAACCUUGGGACAUUAAAAAUUUUUUUUUUGGUCUUUUGUCCUUUCAGGGUCGCACCCGCGGCAUAUGAAGGUUCCCAGGCUAGGGGUCUAAUCAGAGCUGUAGCCACCGGCCUACACCACAGCCACAGCAGCACCAGAUCCGAGCCAUGUCUGCAACCUUCACCACAGGUCAUGGCCACGCCGGAUCCUUCACCCACUGAGCGAGGCCAGGGAUCGAACCAAAACCUCAUGGUUCCUAGUCGGAUUCGUUUCCUCUGUGCCACGAUGGGAACUCCAAAAAAAAAAAAAAAAAAAAAAAAAAAAAAAUUUAACACGAACUGAUAUUUCUCUUUAGAUUAGGGAUCAUCGGUUUUAUGAUGAAAUUCGUGUCCCUUCUGUCAUCUCCCACCUCCCCUCAAAAGGCUUUGAGAAGCAGUGUCAUUGCUUUUCAUGUAACAGGCACCCAGUGAAUCCUGUGUUUCGAGUGACUGAAUAAGCCAGCUAGCAUGGGUGGCACUCCUAGCCAUGUAACCGGAUGAGCCGAAUAUAGCAUUUCACUGAAACCUCUGCUGCAGGGGUAACACCAUGCCCUGAAUACUCACUUCCUAAUAUUUGACUCUCAAGUAAUACUUCUGACCCUGGUCCCCUGCCUCAGCAUCAGCUCCCACCGGAGCACCUGAUGGCCAGGUGUCUGAUCAGUGAGCCAUGUGACAAAGAGUUUAUGCCCUCAGUCUCAAAAGGUCUUUAUUGACUGUCCUCAAAAUACCUGAAGAUUCUUGUAACAGCAAAACCCAGAUGCCCCCCUCCAAAAAAAAAAAAAAAAACCUGGAAUGAAAAAACUGUGUUUUUUCUCCACUUGAGGUGGUAAGUUUUAAAUUAAAUCCAGCAAGUAUUAAAGGAGUCGCUAGUCUGUGUAGGAACUCUGCGAGGGCACGUGUUAUUGCCAGUACUUAUCCUGAGUUCAUAGUGUGAGACAGGCAUUGUUAGUGAACUUCAGACCAGCCAGAAAACUCAGCCUUGCAAAUGAUAACCGUGCUUUCUCUGUCGCUGAGUAGCUAAGCAGCAGAUCGAUGGGCAAAUAAAUGAAAUGAGCCACAGAGGGCAAAAGCAACCUGCUUCUAUCAAGUUCUUACUGUACAGGCAUUACAGAAAUUACAGAAAAGGGGCUUCUCUUCUUGUUCAGCUGUUUCCACACUUCUGAACCGAGAGAACUGAAAUGCAUGAUCUCUAUUGUUCCUUCCCAACCUGCCCUCCUCUGAAUUAUCAGGACCACUCUUAGCCUUGAUCUUAUCACCCACUCCCAGUCAUUGCAUGAAAGGCUGCUGCUAAUGAUGAACUUGUGCCUUCCAGGCUGGAGGGAUACCUUGCUGGUCUAGUUGUAUUUUCCCAGGUUCCUCCCCUGCCAGCCCCGUUGACCCCAGGGCAUUUGCACAGCCUGGGCUGCCAUCUGACACAGUGGGCUUGUAAACGGUACUGUUAAUUGGAAAACCCCACCCCUUGAAGUAAUAAUACAUUUGCCUCUUCCUGUCUGAGGAUGGAAGCAGAGAGAUGUUUCAGAUAAGGAACUCGAGCACAGGAUGAUAGAACUACCUCACGGAAGUGAAAAGAAUGUCAAGGACUCCGAGAAAGAAGGAACAUUAGAGAUCAUCUAGUCCCGUCCCCUCUUUUUAUCCAGUCCUUUUAUUUUACAGGUAAAAAAGCCUGAGGCCCAGAAACACUAAAUGACUUUCUCAAGGUCUCACAGCUGGUUGGUGGCCAGGCCGGAGCCCAGGCCUCUCAACUCCCAGCCGUUCCACCGCGUAGCUUUCUUACACCUUCUCUGCAUGUUUCCCAAAGAUCCCAAGAGUUGCUGGAUGUUCUUGCUCAUCCCUUUAGGGUUCCAUUUCAGUGUCUCCCCGUCGUCAUGGAUAGUCUGUCGUAAGUCGGCCCGAAGUUGCCUGCAGUGUCAGCCCACAGGCUCUCCCUCAGAUCUGACCCACGGCUGUGAGGCCCUACCCAAAGCAGGAGGAGGCCGCCCCCGAAGGUCUUUUCACUGGACCCCUGAUAGAUAUUUGAUCCGAGUCACUAAACGGCAUGAUAAAUAAAACCACUUAGCAUUUCAACAUGGAGAAGAGAAGGCGUGGAGUGGUGCCCAAAUUUUGCAGUAAUGGCUUGAAGUAAUCUUGACCAUCCUGUCUCUGGAGUGCCUCUCAAGUGAGAAUCCCGCUCUGGGGGCUUUGAAUACAGCACUGUGACUGAGUCCUCCCUCCUUACGUGCGUCCUAGGAGACCCUCCGCAGCACGAAUGUCACCUUUCUCACACAUGCAGCUUCCUCUCUGGAUUUGAGACUUACUGGCCAGGCCGUCCUCAUCUGGUCUGAGCCGGCACCCACCGGUCCUUUUUAAGGAUUUAGCAAUGCCUUUAUUACCUUGUCAAGGUCUUUUUCCUCUCCUUCUAAACUCGUGUGUGUUGAGGAGGGGUGGGACAGGUGUAGGAAUCCCCCAGUGUUUCUGUGAACCAGAAUCAGCCAGGUCAAGGUUACAGUCAGGCAUCAGAUGACAUUUACCUCAAUCCAUGGCGCUUAAGCGAUUUUCUAUUUGUCUAGUUUUAUCAAAAAUGGAUAUAAAUUUCAUAGUGGAAAAAUACAUCUUCUUCUAUUUCUUUUCCCUCAACCCUGUCAGUAAGUGCACUUGAGCAAGGCCAGGACUCCGUCCUGACUGAGUUAGGUUCUGGUGAACAAAAGCCGCCCUCAGACCAGAGCAAGGCAGAGGCCACCACCCAGGGUGGGGAGACAGCGCUCAGAUAAAGGAAAAAAACAUCCAGGGUGAAGGGCAGAAUUUGGGAGGGUGGGGAGAGUACAGAGAAGAAAGUCAAAAUAGUGGUAUCUAAAAUUUUGAAAAGCGGCUUCUGAAUGUGAAGUAGAAUAGUGCAGAGCGCACCUAGGCUUAGGUUUUUGUUUGUUUUUGGUCAUCAAUUUGUUUUCUUUUACAUACGUUUUAGAAAUUAAUAUAGAAAAGUGGAAGGAAGAAAAUGUAAAUUACUUGUACCACCCAGAGACAACCAUUAUCGUUGGGUGUUUUUCUCCCAGAUUUUUCUCUGCGUUUUAUUUAUUUAUAUGGUGGAGGUCAGAUCCAUCCAAUUUUGCUUCCUGAGGUUUGGUUUUGUUGUUUUGUUUCACCACCUUAACAAGCAUUUCCCACUGUAUUACAAAUCUCCAUAUGCAUUAUUUUAAUAGCUGGGCCCUCUUCUGUUUUACAGGUAAAUCAUAUUUUAUUUAGCCAUUUUCUAUUCCUGGAAUAGAGACGCAGACAUACUCUAAUAGUAACCCACGUUCAUGAGUUUUCCUGUAAAAAUCAUCAUCACAGAUGUCUAAUGGCUAAAAUUGCUCAUUUGGCACAACUAAAGCCUUGGCGAAAAAGUAGUGAUUUAAAGGAACUCCCCGGUGGCUAGUGGGUUAAGGACCCAGUGUUGUCACUGCCGUGGCGAGGGUUUGAUCCCUAGCCCAGGAACUUCUGCAUGUUGUGGGCACCCCCUGCCCCGCAAAAAAAAAAUUGACUUAGAGAUGAAACACAGACACCGCACCCACGAGGUCCUGGGCCUGUCUGUGUCGUAGAAAAGCCUACAGCUCUUCCUUAGAGAAGUGGCCUCUCUUCACAUUCUUGUCUCUGUUGUAGGUAAUAUAUUUGACACCAGGAGAGAAAACACGGAAGACACAGAGUUCACUGCCUAGACUUCCCUUUAGCGACACGUUCCUUAGCACAUGCAGCUCCUCCAUUUGAAUUUCCCAAAAGGUCCACUAACGUUUCAGGGUACUGCAAAGUGUGGGCGUUCCGUGAAGGUGACCUGUCAUGUUUGAAUAGUUUUCAUAGAACUUCCUUUGUAAUGUGGGAUCAUCAGGCCUCCGGUUCAGUCUGAGGUUUUUAAAAAAUCAUCUUCAGAGUGGAAUGUUCACCCUUUUAAACAUCCAGCGCAUCAUCCGGUUGGUUCGUUGUCCAUUAAAAAAAAAAAAAAAAAAAAAAAAGCAAUUUGAUUUAACCUGUCUCUUUUUCAAUGUGCACCUAGUAUGGAGUCUUGAGGCCUAUUUAUUUUAACGUAAAUUGCCAGAUGCGCUGUAAAGGAAAGCAGCUCUUUCCAGGACCAAAGGAGCGGUUGUCAAGGCCAAAAUGAAUUAGACCUUCAUCAGCUUACAAGAUGGAAAAGUUGUUUGGGGGGGGGCAACUCAGCACUGAUCUAUUAGAUGAAAAAUCACUUGUGACAUCAUUUUCCCCAAAAAUAAUCCCUUGUCCCUGAGAAGGGCAAAUGAUAGUCGAAUUCUUAGGAAAGAACCUUUCACGCAGGUUGUGUCAACACAGCAACAAAACAACUAAUUAAAAGGUGAGGAACUCAAAAUAACCAGUUACCCACAUGACCCCUGCCGACUCUUUCCACCGAUGGUUUUAAGGGAGUGGUCCCGAGUUGCGGCAUCAGGUGGCAACGGGCCCCACACGUCCUGACUGGGGUCACCUUCCUCUGGGGCUGGUACACUUGCCUCCGCUUUGUAUAAAACCAACACAUGAAAACAGGGGUUCAUUUUAAAGAAGUGUCUUGCCAUGCAGGUAUUUUUACAUUAAUAUGUACCACCUGGUUCCUCUCCCUGGUUAAGAUGGUGAAUUUAAGAUACCUUUUUAUUUGGAGGCCACGCAUUUACAUCUCAUUUAUUGUGUAGAGAAAAAUCACUGGGAAUCUUUGACACUCGACCCAAAGGCCAAGAGUUGGCUUGAAAGACAUUUGGACAGUGGACACACCAAACCCCGGUGGGGGUGGGGGGGGACUUGCUGUGUUACCAUAUGAUACAUUUCCCUGGCAGUUACUUUAUUAUAUCAGAGUGUUAGAGCCCAGUGUUGGCAUCAGGCUCCUCAGUCCCAUGCCCUCGGUGUGCAGUGAGACAGCUCAGGAGGAGUGAGGCUCGUGGUUGCCCAGGGCCAGGGAAUAGCCCAUCAAUGGCCCGGCCCAGCCUAGAACCUAAAUUCCUCCCUCCCCUGUCCAAGGUACCUGUGCCAGACGUAGCACGUGGAACAGCUGACCUUGAGCUGGCAGAGGAGCUCUGGGAUGAGUCAGAAUCCCACUGCCGACCAGCUCAUCAGCCCAAGGCUGCAGGAGGCAUCCCUGUAAUGUGACAAAGCUGGUUCUAGGUGUGGCGUGCGGAUCAACCCAACCACCAGACAGCUACAUCUCACAGACGUGCGUCUCUUUCUCUGUCUUCCUUCUGGAGCUUCAAGGAAGGUCCAUCGCAGGUUUAGUUAGCCUUUCCCACUUCAGGCCAGUGAGGCACCCCGUCCCUCCAAAGCAGCCCCUCUGUUCAUGAUGGGGGGGUCUCCCGAGGUACUGUGAAGCAGGGCUUUUGUUUUUCGGCAACAUAUGUUUAAAAAUUUGUCUUCUGCCUCUCCGUACAAAGUCUUUCUCAAGGGAAUUAAAAGGAUGAAUUAGUGACCUUUCAACUCUCUCACAGUAAGAUGAAUAUGUUGUGAACAAAGGUAGAAACGUUUACCUCACGGCUGGCGGAGUGUGUUCAGCAUCCACCAGGAGCCUUCAAAGCACUUCCCGCCGCGACUGGGCGAGCGCUUGAAUCUUUCACUACUUGAGGAGGGGGUGGGGACUGCUCAGCUCACACAUGUGUGCAACAGAUUCACAGAUUGGAAAUUCAUUUCAUAAAAUUGCAACAGUAACAUCCUAUUUUGUAAAUGAAAAUCGUAUCUGUGUUUACCUAACUGUGACUACUGUUCAGACUUUCUUCAGAAAUCCUUUUUAUAGGCUUUCUUAGAAAAAAAAAAUUAUUCCCUCUCUAUGGAUAAUGUCUUGAUCUUCUGUAUAUAUGUUUUAUUAAUGUGUAAAUAUUUAGAUUUUUUAAGAUUACUAUGUUCUUUUAAAAAAAAUUUCAGCGCAAAGCUAGUUGUGAAAAUGUUGUAUAACAUGUGUUGUGUUAUCAAGUCCCAAGAUGCCCUUUAUGUCCGUUCUGGAAGAAUACAAUAAAUUACUUUAAUCGAA